CCGAGAUUAAAGUUUUAAACAAAAAACUCAUAAUACAAUAUUACAUGUCGCAAGUACAACCGUAAAUUGCAAUGCAAUUUGAAGAAGUGAUGAUUUCUGACCUAAGCACGGGAUAUGAAUUAGAAUAUAUCACUGAAGAUACGGAAGAAGACGGAAUAGCAGCCAAAAAUGUACCCGUUUCGUCAGCAAUAAAUGUGAAUAAUACCGAAAAGUCGCCAGUUAAAAAGAAGAUUCCCAUCAUUCGUAAACCCGGCGAAAUUGUAACUCCGGUAACAGUGCGUCCCUCUGGAAAUGUUAAAGUAUCUCCUUCGAUUUCAAACCUAUCCACUAGCAGGGCUUUAACAGUUCGCAGUAAGGUAGAAUGGAAGAAAGUUGAACCUCAGUUGUCAAAAAGACCGCUAACUCCAGCCCCUAGGGUGGUAGUAGCCAACGAGGAAACCACUGUUCACCCAGAAUCGGAUGACGUAGAGCAAGAACAUGAGACAUUCGACCACGAGUACGCUGAACCGGCAGCAAUAAAUGUAAAGAAUCCUCAGACGCAGGCGGAUCGAAUCGAGAAGAAACUGGAUAUGAUCCUGGAAAAACUAAAUCAACAUGACGCAACUUUCACGGAGAUCAAAUGCAACAUAAAAGAUCUUCGAGUAGGGCUGAAAAACUCCGUAAACGAUCUUAAGGAGUUGCCAAGAGGAACGAGUGAUGCCAAUAAUGGACCACCCCCAAAGCGAAAGCGGCUAGUUACUUUCCCAGUGACGGAUGAUAACUAUUUGCUUCGAUUGGAAGACCUCUUACAAGUCGACGACAACAUCCGUGAUGAAGUGUCGAUAAUUUUCAAGGAAGCACCCACUACCAGCGUGUACGAAUUUCUACGAAAAAAUGUCUAUGCUCUCUUCGAGAACUGCUCCAAAUAUACCUGGACGGGAAAAUCGUCGAAUGCCAUACCCAAGGGGUCUUCUUCCAACGUGGCGAGUAAGAUGGCCCUGGUGGAUCAUUUAAUUACGUGUACCUGGGAAACGUUUCCCCAUCUGAGCCGGCAAUCCAUCGAAAUGGACUUUCGACGAGCUUUGGGUAAUUUUAACGAUACGGUUUACAUCAAGCGGAAGAAACGAAUGGCGAUGAGGGUGCAGAAUGAGUUCGAUACAAAUUCUGAAACUGAUCUUUUAUGAUUCAAGGACUGGAAAUAAAUACCUGCUGAAGA